CCACUCGCCUCUCUCAACACUGCUGAAACCAUAGCCACUCUUAACGAUUCUGAAACCUUAGUCACUCUCAACGAUGGUAUCUCCCUGGCCACUGGUAUCUCUCUAGCCACUGUGAACGCUGGUAUCUCCCUAUCUACUGUGAACGUUAGUAUCUCUCUGGCCACUAUGAACGCUAGUAUCUCCCUAGCCACUCUGAACGCCG